AUGACCACCGACAACGAAAAUCAUUACUACUACGGCACGGGAAGGCGAAAAUCCUCCAUUGCACGCGUCCGCCUCUACAACCGUGCCGGGGGAGUGACCCUGAACGGUAAGCCGCUUAACGAGGUUAUUUCCGUCGAUGAAUGGCUAUCCGACGCUCUCAUGCCGCUUAACGUAACCGAUCUUGCAGGCAAGGUAACCGUUGUCGCCAAGACGCACGGCGGCGGGGUCCACGGGCAGGCAGUGGCGUUUUCGCACGGUCUGUCGCGCGCGUUAGUUUCAUUCGAUCCUGAGUUGCGAUCCGCAUUGAAGACCUACAAGCUUCUGACCCGCGAUUCCAGAAUGCGAGAGUCGAAGAAGUACGGCCUCAAGCGAGCUCGCAAAGCACCGCAGUACACCAAGCGUUAA